CGCUCGGGCUACCCAAUGCGUGGACUAUCUGCAGCCGCUGCUCGUGCAAUAUGCUGGAGCUCCAGAACAUCUAAACGGAGUCGCCACACCGCUGCCUGGACUGGAUCACAGCGCUGCCUUUCCUUAUGAAGAAGACACAAACUUGGAUUGUCACUUGCAUUUAUCUUCAGCUGCUCCUAUUUAACCCUCUGGUCAAAACUAAAGGGCUCUGCAGGAACCGUGUGACUGAUGAUGUGAAAGACGUUACAAAAUUGGUGGCAAAUCUUCCAAAAGACUAUAAGAUAGCCCUCAAAUAUGUCCCCGGGAUGGAUGUUUUGCCUAGUCAUUGUUGGAUAAGCGUGAUGGUGGAACAGUUGUCAGUCAGUUUGACUGAUCUUCUGGACAAGUUUUCGAAUAUUUCUGAAGGCUUGAGUAAUUAUUCUAUCAUAGACAAACUUGUGAAAAUAGUGGAUGACCUUGUGGAGUGCGUGGAAGGACACUCAUCUGAGAAUGUAAAAAAAUCAUCUAAGAGCCCAGAACCCAGGCUUUUUACUCCUGAAGAAUUCUUUAGAAUUUUUAAUAGAUCCAUUGAUGCCUUCAAGGACUUGGAGAUGGUGGCAUCUAAAACUAGUGAAUGUGUGGUUUCUUCAACAUUAAGUCCUGAAAAAGAUUCCAGGGUCAGUGUCACAAAACCAUUUAUGUUACCCCCUGUUGCAGCCAGCUCCCUUAGGAAUGACAGCAGUAGCAGUAAUAGGAAGGCCACAAAUCCCAUAGAAGACUCCAGCAUACAAUGGGCAGUCAUGGCAUUACCAGCGUGCUUUUCUCUUGUAAUCGGAUUUGCUUUUGGAGCCUUCUACUGGAAGAAGAAACAACCGAAUCUCACAAGGACAGUUGAAAAUAUACAGAUUAACGAAGAGGAUAAUGAGAUAAGUAUGCUGCAAGAAAAAGAGAGAGAGUUUCAAGAGGUGUAAUUGUGGCUUAUAUCAACACUGUUACUUUUGUGCCUUGGCGGGUAACAGUUCAUGUUUGCUUCAUAAAUGAAGCAGCUUUAAACAAAUUCAUAUUCUGUCUGGAGUAACAGACUGCAUUUUUAUCUGUUCUUGCUACCCAUGACUCUAUAUGGAUGAUUCACAAAUUGGAACAAAGUGUUUUACUGUGAAACUGGCACUGAAUUAAUCAUCUAUAAAGAAGACCUUGCAUGGAGCAGGACUCUAUUUUAAAGACCUGGGGGACUGGUGGUCUCAUUUAGAACUUGCAACUGACGUUGGGAGAGAAAGCACGUGUCCCAGAUUGCAUGCACCAUUUUGCAUGCCUCCAGAAGUGUCUAAUUGCUGAAAAGUCACAUAGCUUUAUUUUCAGUUACAACCUGCAGUUCAUAGUAAUCUUGGUCUUUGCAAGUAGAUUUCAUCCUGUAUAGUGGGGAUAAUUUUUCUGAAAUGAAUCUAGAAAAAAUGUUAAAAACAAAAACUCAACAGCAUCAGCCAGUCUACAUUUAGAAAGCAGUAGGAACAAAAUGAUUGGAGUAGGCAACAUGUCAGCCUUGUAGCUGCUAAUUAGUGGUCUGGGUCUGAUCUUGGUCUCUUCUUGACAUAAACCUAUCUCCCACUAGACAAAUGGACAUGGUUAGCUGGAUCUAUCCAUGCUUGGGAGUCAGUAUUGUAUUAGAACAGUGAUGACAUCAAUAAAGUGGAAAAAAAAAAACCUGAAUGGGAGAAAAUAAUUGCAAGUCAUAUAUCUGAUAAGGGGCUAAUAGCUAAAUCUACCAAGAACUCCUACAAUAAUAGCAAAAAAAAAAAAAACCUCUAACUUAAAAAUGGGAAGAUCUGAGUAGAUGUUUUUCCAAAGAAGACCUGCAAAUGGCCAACAGGUACAUGAAAAGAUGCUCACCAUCAAUCACCAGACCAAUACAAAUCAAAACCACGAUGAGAUAUCCCUCAUACCUGUUAGAAUGGCUGUUACCAAAAAGAUAAGAAUUAAGAGGGAACCCUGUGCACUGUUGGUGGGACUGUAUAUUGGUGCAGUCGCUAUGGGAAAUUUUGAGUUUCCUCAAAAAAAUUAAAAUAGAACUGCCAUGUUAUCCAGCAGUUCCACUUCUGGGUAUUUGAGGAAAAUGAAAACACAUUCUAAAAGAUGUAUAAGCCCCAUGUUCAUUGCAUUAUUAUUUAUAAUAGCCAAGAUAUGGAAACAAUGUAAGUGUCCAUCAAUAGAUGAAUAAAGAAAAUGUGUUACGUGUGUGUGUAUAUAACACACGUAUUAUACAUACAGUGGAUUCCGCUCUAAAAAUGAAAUCUUGCCAUUUGUGACAACAUGGCUGGAACUUGAGGGCAUUAUGCUAAGUGAAAUAGGUCAGAAUGAGAAAUACCAUAUGAUCUCUCUUCUAUGUGGAAUCUAAAAAAAAUUUUUAAGUAAAAAAAUUAAAAAUACCAAGCUCAUAGAUACAAAGGACAGAUUGGUAGUUGCAAGGGAUGGGGGGUGGUUGGGAGAAAUGGACGAACUGGGUUGUUUUGGUUUUGGUUUGCUUUGGUUUAAGUAAGUUGAAUAAAAAUGUAAAAAAAAAAAAAAAAAAAAAAAACCACCCCCUAAAAAAAACAUUGAUGCCUUUGCAGAGAGGAGACUCUCCAAAGGAGUUAUGGCCCAAAGAAGCCAUGAACACUGAACAGCUCGGUCACUGAGGAGGACAUUUUGCACCCCUUUCCCCUACCACUUAUAGAGUGUAUAAAUUGUGCUUGCAAAAUAUAUUAUGAAAUGUUUAUAUUCUAAAACUAUUACAGAGUUAUGUAAAGGGACUUAAUAGAAAUUGCUGAAUGUAUGAAGGUCUCAUUUUCAAUUUACAUCAUGAGAGAAACUAAAAAUUAUAUUUAGUAUCUAAGAUUAGAAAACCACACCCACAUGGUAAUAUGGGUAUUGAAAAUUAGGUUACUUGGCUUUUAUAAGAAUGAAAGGAAUCAGGAAAUUUUAGCUAUUUCUCAUAUAAUCACCAUUAUCAGUUUAAGGGAUCCAUUUAUUUAAAAUCAGGCACUCUAUAUUAAUACUUAUGAAUUUAAAAUAGCGAGCUUUAUGUAGUUAUGCAUGUCAGUUUGCUGUUUAAAAUGUGUGACAGCAUUUGUUGUAUUAAGAGUGAAUUUGGUAAGAAUUCUCAAGAUGGACAUCAUGCUUUUAAACUAAAACUUGUAAGACAUUUUGUGAAUUUCCCUUGCCAUUUUUUUUAAUAGUCGAACAUUUGACUAAAGAAAUGGUUUCUUGUGGUUUAAGAUUCUUUCAGUAGAUCAUGAACAUACAGAUGAAGGGAUCCAAAGCUUUCUAUUAUAACUUAAUUCUUGUUAUAACAUUAUUGUCAUGUUCUACCCCCUCAGAUGAUCAUUUUCAAUGUAGUGAUACAAAAGGGCAUGAAAAACUGCUAGCUUUCCUUUAUUUCAAAAGUCCAAGAAUUUCUAGUAUAGUUGGACUUCAUGUUAAAAGAGGAUCCAAAUACAACUCCAGUGAAGCGGCUUUUGCGCUUUUUUGUACCAAAAAGCCCAGAUGAUUUCUACGAUCCCUUCCUUCUCUAAAGUGCUGGGCUUCCUCAGAUGGUAGUCAUUUCUCUAAGAUACAACCCAGGUGUUUUGGGAAGCUGCAUUGACUUACUCAGGCCCUUAAAUAUCCCAUGGAUCAAACGUUUAGUAAUAAAACCAGCGAUCAGUUUAAUUGCUGAAAGGACCUGACUCUCAGUGUGUGACUGAUUUUUUUGAAGAAACUAGAUAUAAGUUAGUAUGAGUUAUGUGUGUAGGUCAGGUGUAGAUUGAGAAGAUUGAUACUUCUCAAUUUAAUAGUUUAUUUCACCAAUGGUUUUGAUUUUCUUAGCCAUGAGAAAAUGCUGUUUAAUGAGCUUGAGAGUACAAUAAAUGCACUUUUAUUCUCAAAGGCAGGAGCUGGGUUUUAACACUCAAGGACAUGGUCCUAAUCAAUAGAGUUAAAUAACAAAUUCAGCAAGUUAUGAAAUCUGGCAUCAUAGGCAAGGGGUAAUAUAUUCUACCUAAUUAAAUGUAUUAGUUCAUUGAGAGUUACGUGAAUUACCAAUUUUUAAAACACUAAAGUUCAAUAAAAUGCAUGAACAGUAGAAAAAGGCUGAACAUGAUUUUGGAUGCUGGCUGCUUGGGAAUUAUAUGUCAUAUCUGCUUUGAGAUGAAUAUGUGUGUGUGUAUGUGUGUGUGUAUAUAUAUAUAUACACACACAUACACACACACACAUUUGCUUUAUUUUAUCUGAUAUGUGUGCUGAAUAUCCUUCAGAAAUCAUGGAAGACUCACAACUGAUAUUAUCAAUCAUGAAAUCACCUUUUAAAUUGGUGCCAUGUAUCUGAUAUCUUUUGAAAUGUUCCAGAAUUGCCUUUUAAAAUGAUCUCAGAGGUCUGCAGAUUCUAAAUUAUACUAAAAGCUUUGCACCUCUUUGGUAGAACACAAGUCUAUAAAGAAACUGGCUCUGUGAUAAAUGGUGCCUGCCCAGUAAUAUCAAAGUGUUGCCGGAUUUUGUAUUAUAAUCUAACGUGCUUACCACACUGCCAUUUUUUAAUGAGUCAGAGACAAAUUUCAGUUUUUUUCAAUAUGAUAAUAGAAUAAGUACCCUAUUCUCUUUAAAAAGAAUUAAGUAUAUGAAGAAUGAAAACAUGUGUUUUUUAAUGUAGUGUUUGCUUUUAGUAAGAAUUAACACAUUUAAUUGAGUAUGAAAGUACUUCGGGGAAACUUUGUGGCAUAUUUUGGUAUUCUAAUUCAACUGAGGUUUGAAAUUAACAGAAAAAUCCAUUCAUGAUUCAUGAUUCAUGGAUAUCUCAAUAUUUUUCUGCAGCUAGGUUUUGGUUUCAAAAUGUAAUUCCAAUAUGAGGCUUUUAGCCAUUUCCCACGUAUUAGAAAUUUUUCAAAAGACAGUUUGGCAUAGUGAGGCAGAUGUUGGAAAAAAUUGUGAGAAACUUCUCUGCUGUUAACUGAUAUUGGUAACUCACCUCUUCUCUUUGGAUCUCCAUGUUUUAUUUAUGGUGAAGUUGGAGGUCACACCUUAGGUGUGAAACCUAUUGAUAUCUGACUGACAAAGACAACAAAAUAGAUCUGAAACUAUUCCAUAUGAGAUAUUCCAUUCUAAUCUGUGAAUAAGCAAUUUGAACACAAAAAGUCAUUGCUAUUCUUGUUUGUAAUGUAAAUAGGAUCCAUUAGUAAAAGUAAAAUUCAAUCUCCUAUAGGGUGAAUUGGGUAACCAUUUACACAAGAGAUGGCUUUUUCCUUUGCUUAAGUAAACAUUUUUGGAUCACCUCUGAAGAAUGAAAACCACAAGUGCAUUUUAGUCAGGAAGAGAUACUAUAAGAUAUGUGCAACAUUUGGAAAUGCACCAAAUUAAGCAUUUAAAUGCUGUCAUUUUAUUAAAAGCUUAGAACAGAAUUGUAAGAUGCUUAAAGUUUUUGAGUGCCAAAAAAUAAUUUAUAAUCCAUUUGGAAAGGGGUCAUCCAUAAAUUUCAUUUUAAAAUUAGAAGGUGGGAUAAGAAUUUUAAAGUAAGCCAGCUUGUCUUUGAAACAGUAUUAUUUUGUAAAAUUGGCAUUAAAAUAUAAACAUUGAAAUUCUAACUAGUUAAUUUAUGAUAUUUUAUUGCACAAAUUAUGGUUUUGCUGCUUUUCAUUAAGUCUGGAAAUGCCUUUGUUACAAAUAAAGUAAUGGUACUUUUAUUUCCUAACAAGAUGUUUUAGAAAUAAUUUAAAGUGGAUAUUCAUAAUCCUAAAAUGUUUCCUAAGCAUUGUAAAUUUAUAACUGCCAUCUCCAACUACAUCCUUAUGAUGUUUUUAAAAAUAAAAUUGUUUUAAAAACAUAGUAUUUUCAACUACUUGAUUUCUCAGCUAUAAGGCUCAAAAUUUUUCAAUAAAAAUAUCCUAUAUUCUAAGGAUUAAUGUGUGAUUAUAGUGUCCAUUUGUCGCUAUUUUUUAAAUUGAUGGACUUGAAAAGUAUUCAAACAUUUAGAUGGAUGCAUAGAUACAUUGCUAGUUCAUUCAUAGAUUGGAGUUUGCAUAUUGUAAUGUAAAUGUAUGUCAACACUAUUCUAGUUUAUUAUGACUGAAGUGUAAUUAAAUAAAAAACGUUGUAAAAUGUGAUGUGUAUGUGUAUAUACUAUAUGUGUACUUUUUAAACUAGGUAUAUGUCCUGACCCUUUUUUAUACAGGUUUGAAUUUGAAAUUACAUUAUAUAUAUACAUAUACUUUAUUGUUCUAAAUAAAGAAUUUUAUGCACUCUCAUAA